AUGAGCAGGUGUUGCAUAGUUUACGGCUCCGAAACGGGCUCGACAGAAAUCGCAUCGUACACGACCUAUGUGUACCUUUACAAGAAUGGGAUCCCAGUGGAAAUACACCUGUCAGAUCUUGUCGAUUUGAACAUACUUUUGCUUUUUGACUACGUCAUCUUUUUUGUGCCCACCUGUGCCUUCGGGGAGUUUCCGCACAACUUUGAGGGCGUAGUGGAUACGCUGAUGGAUUACCAUGCCAGAAGCAAGUACAUUCCGAGCUUCAAGUACACAAUAUUUGGACUGGGGGACAGCAGGUACCCUCAGUACAACGUUGCUGCGAGGAAGCUGCACUCGUUACUGAGCUCACUGCGGGCCUCAGAGUUCUUCCCAUCCGGUCUGGGCGAUGACCAGCACCCGCUGGGCUACGACGGGGAGCUGUUGGUAUGGAGGAAGGACCUGCUGGAGUAUUUGAGUCAGCAAAAGGGCUCAAAGAGUGAAGGCUGCAGUUUUGAGAGCAUAGUGUACCCAUUUAGGGUUGAAAAAAUGGACAUAACGAAUCCCACAGAGUACCUGUUUCAGCAAAUGUGCAGGGACCUGUACGACCAUAAGCUUAAUCCACUGUCGUACAGCAGGGGAGUGGUGAAGUGCAACAAGGUAAUCACCAGUGCCAACCACUUUUCAACCGUGAGAUCGAUAGAGAUUGAGGAGGAAGAGCCCAGUUACAUGACUGGAGACGUGAUGUGCAUGUUUCCCAUUGACAAGGACGCGGACGCCCUACUGUUCGACCUCGACCUGGAUCCCGCCCAGGUAGUGUGUGUGAGGAGGAAUGACAACUUCGACAUACAAACAGUGCUGAGCGUGCACAACGAAUUCAACAGCUACCCGCUGGAGUGGAUAAAGAGAAAACUGUUGACUGGACGGAAGAUGGUCUCGUCGCGAACGCUUCCAGUGGGAUUGUGCAUGACGCUGUCGGAGCUGUUUAAAAAGUACCUCUGCCUCAAGAACGCGUGCACGCCCUUCCAGAUGCACGUGAUGUCGCUGUACACGGACGAUGAGGUUCACAAGGCGAAGCUGCUCGAAAUGUCCAGUGAGAGCGUCGAGGGAUGCAUGGAGUACUACAGGUACUGCAGGAAGGAAAGAAGGUCGCUCUACGAAGUGCUGUACGACUUCAGGUCGGUGAAGUUGCCGCUGGAGGUCCUGGUGAACAUUUGCACCCCCUACUACUCGAGGCUGUACUCCAUCGCAUCCAGUCAGAUUGACUACGCGGACAGGUACUCGUACUCACUGACGAGGUACCCGCUAGCUGUAAACUAUCCCCGGUUUAAGGAAUUUAUAUCCAGCAAAUACAAAAGAAACGGCAGAAUACAACUCAUCGUGGGCAAUGUAAACUAUAAGAUGGACGGGAAAAGAUCAGUGGACGGAUUAGGCUCACGUUAUCUCAAUACGCUUCGGGUUGGCCGCAGAGUGGACUAUACUAUUUAUAGACCCAGAUUCAGAUCAUUGAUACUGAAUACUGAGGUGCCAGUGCUGUUCAUAGCCACAGGCACAGGAAUAACUGUACCAAAGCCUUACAUAGAGCACAGAUCGUUCAGAUUCAAGGAGCUAUGGAACAGGCACAAGCUGCUUCCUAAGACCAAGGACAUGGCGUUCAUGGGAUUCCGGAGGCCGAGUCAAGACCACCUUUACGCGGACUACGCACUGUACGAAAACUGGUGCAUGUUCGUGUUCGUCUACUCCAGGGCCGGAGAGUCCAAGUACUACGUUCAGGACUCCCUGAGGGACCACUCCAAGGAAGUCUACUCCUUCUUGAGGGAGGGCAUGGUUGUAAUCGGAGGGAAGUCGCAUCCCAUGCCUGCGCAGGUCCUCGAGUCACUAGUCCACGUGCUCGAAAAGGAAGCCCACUUCAGCCGAGAGUCAGGGCAGCGAUUCAUCGAUCACAGCAUUAAGCAGAGUAAAAUUAUCAUUGACACUUGGGGAUGA